CGCAGUGUUCACAAUAUGGAUAGAAGGGCUUCCAGCAGAGCUCUUUUUUAUGCCGUGUAUGCAAACAAUGUAAAUAAAGCAUCGGCGGCUCUCAAGAAAGGAGCAGAUGUAAACGUAGUGGGAGAAGUGAAGAGAUGGUAUCGCCGUGUGUAUGGCAUUCCAUCAGCGUUGCAAGUAGCAUGUGCUAAUUCAUUGAUUGAGAUGGUAGACUUGCUGCUACAACAUCAAGCAAACAUAAACUAUCAUGAGAAAAGGGAAGGAUGUACAGCUCUACAUUAUGCUUGUUGGAAUGGUCAUUUGUCUGUUGUGGAGAAAUUAUUGUCAGCAGGUUGUAAGAAAGAAGCAAGGAAUAAUGGUGGAUGGACAGCUCUUCAUUUUGCUUGUGGUUGUGGUUCUUUGUCUAUUGUGGAGAAAUUAUUGUCAGCAGGAUGUCAGAAGGAUGUCAAGGACAAUGAUGGAUCAACACUUUUACAUCUUUGCUGCUCGUGGUAUUUCUGUCAUGAUUUUCAUCUGUCAAUUGUCAAGUUGUUGAUAUCAUCAGGAGCUGAUGUGUCAACAGUGAACAAUGAAGGACAAACACCAUUACAAGCUGCAGAAAAGAGGUUGGACUCAGAUGGUAGUUCAAGUAAAGAAAAUCGUUCUUGUAUUAUUUCUUAUUUGAAAGAAUUGAAUGAGAAUAGUUCUGUUGCAGCUGGAAAUUCAGCAUCAAACAUCACAGAUAGUACAACUGCAGUUGCUGACAACGAUCAUCCAAGUUGUACAAGCUCCACAGCAGUAGCAGCUGCUGGUCAUUCCUCCACACCAGUGACGGGAAGAAUGAGGACCACUACACCCAUACUACGAUCUCCAACAGAAGCGGUGAGAACGGUAGAUCAGCAGUUGGUACAACAGCAGAUUCAACAGAUAAAGCAACUGACACAAGACGGUUUAGCAAGAGAUAAGCAAAUUGAUGAUUUGAGACGACAAAAUGAUGAUUUGAGACAGCAAAUCACACAUCUACAGAUGGCACUGAGAGACGAGCAACUGCUGAAAGAAGAUGCGGUUGGUGAAGAGAGAAGGGAGAAAGAAGAUCUACGACGACGAUUACAACGAGAGCGAGAAGACAAACGCAGCGUUCAGAAGGAUCUUGAUGAAGCUCGACAACAAAUUGAGCAAAUGAGCGUCGAUCAGGAAAAUCUUGUGCGAUUACUAAAUGAAGAGCAAAUAGGAAAGGCUAACGUUGUAGAGCUGCUUUCAGAUGCCGAUGCUGCAAUUGAACGAUACAAGCAAGAACGAGAAAACCAAGUUUUCAAUAUUCCUUCAUGUGACAUUCAAUUGACUGACACAGAACUAGGACGUGGAUCCUAUGGAGCUGUUUGUAUUGGAUAUUGGUGUGGCUGUCCUGUUGCUGUCAAGCGUUUGUAUGAUGAUUUGGCUGAUGUUGAACGAUACAUUCAACUUGUGAAACAAGAAGCGUCUGUAGCAUGGAAGAUACAUCAUCCAAACGUUGCUGCUGUUUGUGGUGUCACUCUGGAGAAAGAAGUCAAGAAGGCGUGGAUUAUCAUGGAAUUACAUAGCGGCUCCAUUUCUAGUGUGAUCGAUGCAUGUCAACGAGGUGCUGUACCUCUCACUGUACGAGAAAAAGUUGACAUGGCACAUGAUUCUUUGUGUGGAUUGGAUCACAUUCACUCGAUGCAACCCACAGAGAUUCUCCAUGGUGACAUCUGUCCAAGGAACAUCCUGGUAACUGCAACGAUGAGAGCCAAACUGGGUGAUCUAGGAGCCGCUCGUUUUCAAGAUGCUUCACUAUCAGCCGGCCUUCUCAGUCCAGAAUACACAGCACCGGAGAGAUUUGACGCUCCAGCUCUACCGAAAAGCAAGGAGACGGAUAUGUAUAGUACGGGAGUGACCCUAUGUGAGCUGUUCACUGCUGUUACUCCAGACCGUCAAAAAAGAAUGGAUCAAGUCUUACUCAUCCGUCAGCUGGACGUCCGUUCCUUAUGUAAACACUUGAUGAGAGAUAAUCCUGCCACACGACCAACAGCAGCCGAAGCUCGCAAUAUUAUUAGUCCUAUUCGUGGGAAAGACGAGUAUAAAGCGUGUCCUCCUAAACGAAUGGUAAAGGGCAAGAUGGAUGGAGUGGCCGAUGUCACUCUUGUUCAGCCCAUUUGGUGAUGUGGACAUGUCACUGAACCACGUGGUUGUAUUUUUACUUGAUAUCAUUUCUAUGUUCUUACACAUUAUGAUAACAUUACGUAGCAAUAGCAAUAAGCUAUGUUUGCACUCUGUAUUCUUAGAUUGACCAGACAAGUUUGAAGUAGCGUUUUUCAGUGUUUGAACUUUGAUAUUGUUAUUGGCAGGUUUGAUGUGUACACUCUUGUCACGUGUUAUGAUAAUAGGGUUUAGUAUUUGUACAUUUCCUGUUGUUAAUAAAUUUUCUGUUGACAU